GCAUAGGUCAAGCUGUGUCUGUGUGGUUGAUUGGGAGCCUUCUUUAAAGAGGCUCUUCCUGCCUUUGGCUGAAACCUUCCAAAUUGGUUGUUUUAUUGUUUGGCCUGUGUUGCAUGCUGCUUUCCGCAGUGGAGGAACUGUGGUACUUGGUGGGAGCUGGAGAUACCUGUAGACCCAUUUGGCCAUUGCUGUCACUGGCUUUGCUUCUUUUCAGAUACCCAUAGAGCCGCUUCUCUAAGGAUCUACGCUCAUGGAGUCUGAGGGGAAGCAUGACAUCCAAAUGCAGGGUGUGAAAUGCCAAACCCAUUUCUUGGACAAAAUGCAUUCCCACAAGAUAUCUUCCGGGCACAAGCGCUCCAAGAGUGACUCCGAGAAGAGAAACAACGAAGAUAUAUUGGACUCUUCGGCUAAACCAGUUCAUCAUGCUAAGCCGGUUAAUGGAAAGUCUAUUGGCGACGGUGAGAUCCACGAUAAGCAAUCGCCUGGCGCUAAGGUCCAAAUAUCACUGAAACGAGAGAUUCUGCAACUUGAAAAGCGGCUACAGGAUCAACUGGUUAUGCGAUGUGAUCUAGAAAAAGCCUUGGGGUAUGGCUCUUCUGUGGUUUGUUCCUCGAAAGAAAGUUCAAUGCCAAAGCCUACAAAGGAACUGAUAAGGGAGAUAGCCAUUCUAGAGUUAGAGGUCAUGCAUCUGGAGCAGUAUCUGUUGUCACUUUAUCGCAAAGCUUUUGAGCAGCAAACAGCUACCUUAUCUCCUCCUGCUAAUGGGAACAAAACUAAAAAAGUUUUAGGUUCUGAACCAGAGUCGCUUCAUGAGUCAGCAAAACUUAAAAUCUUGUCUAAGAAAGGAAGCUCAAGAAUUCAAUCUAGUCAAGCAGAGGUGCCACAGAAAUGGACCACUGACUCAGUGAAUCGAGAUUGUGAAGUCAAGUGUCAGGGGAAGUUACUUGGUUCUGAUGUUCAUCGCAGCCAUUCUUCGCUUUCUCACCGUGCUGUUUGUUCGGCUAGAAUUUCACCUUCAGAGGAAAGUCUUGCUAGAGCUCUUGACUCAUUCCAUUCUCAACCUUUGUACCUCCACGAGGAAGAACAAAAUGCUAAUUCGGGGGUGAUAAGCUUGGCAGAAUAUCUUGGGACUAGUAUCACCGAUCAUGUUCCAGAGUCUCCUAAUAAACUUUCAGAAGAUAUGGUCAGAUGCAUGGGUGCCAUAUAUUGCAAACUGGCUGACCCUCCAUUGGUUUAUCAUGGCCUUUCGUCAUCUCCUGCUUCAUCUUUCUCAUCUAUGAGUGCACUCUCUCCCCAAUAUCUGGGGGAUAUGUGGAGUCCUGGCUAUAAAAGAGAAUCGAAUCUAGAUUCUCGGUUAAUUAAUCCUUUCCGAGUUGAAGGACUGAAAGAAUUCAGUGGACCAUACAAUGCAAUGGUGGAGGUGCCUCUUAUUUGUAGAGAUCGUCGGAGGCUGAGGGAUGUUGAAGACAUCCUACAUAACUAUAAAUUAAUCCUUCAGCGAUUGGAGACAGUUGAUCCAAGAAGGCUGAAAAAUGAUGAAAAGCUUGCCUUUUGGAUAAACAUACACAACGCCAUCAUCAUGCAUGCAUAUAUAGAAUAUGGAAUUCCAGAAGGUAAUGUGAAGAAAACUUCUUUGCUCAUCAAGGCAAUGUGCAGUGUAGGUGGUUGUUCGACAAAUGCAGCCAUGAUACAAGGUUACAUUCUUGGGUGCAGGACACACUGUUCCAGGCAGUGGCUUCGGACAUUGCUCUAUCCGAGGUUAAAGCAGAAGGCCAGAGAUGAGUGGCAAGCCUAUGCAAUUGAGCAACCAGACCCUCUUCUAUACUUUGCGCUCUGUUCGGGAAGCCAUUCUGAUCCUGCGGUCCGAAUAUAUAACUCUGAUAGACUGUUCCAUCAGCUGGAAUCAGCAAAGGAAGAGUACAUUCGUGCUACCGUUGGUAUUUGGGAGGAACAGAAGAUCCUUCUACCAAAGCUUGUAGAAUCAUAUGCUAAGGACACAAAACUAAGCUCGCAAAGCUUGGUCGACAUGGUUCAGCGUUACCUUCCCGAGACUCUUAGGAUGGCCAUGCAGAGAUGCCAACAAGGCAGAUCGAAAAAGAUCAUCGAAUGGGUACCUCACAACUUCAGUUUCAGGUAUCUGCUCGCCAGAGAAUUAGCAUUUCCUCAGAUCAACUGACAAAUAACACGAUGCUGGCUGUGAAAGAGGAUUCGCAUCUCUCUUUAUUUUGUUUUUCUUGUACAAAAGAGCUGAUGCAUUUUGUAUAUUGAGAGGUUGCAAUGCAUCAUCACCUGUGCAUAAUUCAGUUGGCCUUGAUGAAAUCCUGACAUUAACUUUGGCAUAGAAGGUAAAAAAGUAUAUUUGCCUUUUUGUCAAGGAGAUGAUUGCAUGGCUUGUACUGACCAGUUCGAAAGGAUGAUGGCUUCUGCAUCUUCUCAGGUGUUUCACUUGCUACUGGAAGUUACUCUCAUCAUCUUUCAUGAUUGUUAUAUGAAAGAAGGAUCACAUAACAAAGCAGUUCAAGCUUUCACCGAGUCCAACACAGACAUAGUAGACUCAUGUUUCUGCUUGAAUCAAAGGUGGAGAAGGAUGUUUCUCCUUUCCUUUUCCUGGAGAAUAAACAUGAUCUGAUCAGACUGCAGGAAAAGGCUAUUGUGUUUUGUGUUUUGGUUUGUAAUCUUUUUUUGCAAGGAUAUGUUGGGAAGUCACAAAAGUUGGUUUCUGUUUCCAUAUUUUUUAAAAU